CUGCGUCCGUAUAUUGAAAAAUAAAUAAAAAAUAAAUAAAAAUACAAAGAAGACAGAGAUCAAACUAUCACUCUUCCGAUUCAACAAGAUCUAGUUUUUCUACUCAAAUCGCAGUGAGUCUUACCUAAAUCUCAGAAUAGGGCGAAUUGCGACGUGAAUUUGAAGAAAUCUGAAUCAUCCAUGGCACCUCCAGCUCAAUCUCAUCGAUCCCCUUCUCCAUCGCAGCCGUCCGGAAAGGGAGAGGUUUCGGAUCUUAAAACGCAGCUACGGCAGUUGGCAGGUAGCCGAGCUCCUGGAACCGAUGACACGAAGAGAGAGUUGUUCAAGAAGGUUAUAUCGUACAUGACUAUUGGGAUCGAUGUAUCAUCAGUUUUUAGUGAAAUGGUGAUGUGCUCGGCUACCUCUGACAUUGUGCUGAAAAAGAUGUGUUAUUUGUAUGUUGGGAACUACGCAAAGCACAAUCCGGAUCUUGCACUUUUGACUAUUAACUUUCUUCAAAGGGAUUGCAAGGAUGAGGACCCCAUGAUUCGGGGGUUGGCUCUGAGGAGUUUGUGUUCACUUGGUGUGGCGAAUUUGGUGGAGUACUUGGUGGGGCCAUUGGGUAAUGGGCUAAAAGACGGGAAUAGCUAUGUGAGGAUGGUUGCAGCUGUCGGAGUGCUCAAGCUGUACCACCUAUCGGCGUCAACAUGCUUGGAUGCUGAUUUUCCGCCUCUGUUGAAGCAAUUAAUGCUCAAAGACAAAGAUGCACAGGUUGUUGCAAACUGUUUAACUUCGCUGCAAGAGAUCUGGAGUCUCGAAGCAAGCACAUCCGAGGAAGCAGCAAGAGAGAGAGAAAUGUUGCUUAGCAAGCCAGUUGUAUAUUACUUUUUAAAUAGGAUGAAAGAGUUCAGUGAAUGGGCCCAGUGUAUUGUCUUAGAGUUGGUUUCUAAGUAUGUCCCUGUGGAUAGUGAAGAAAUCUUUGACAUUAUGAAUCUUCUUGAAGAUAGACUUCAACAUGCAAAUGGUGCAGUCGUCUUGGCCACUAUUAAGGUCUUUUUGCAUAUGACGCUGUCCAUGACCGAUGUUCACCAACAGGUCUAUGAGCGAAUUAAAGCUCCUCUGCUCACUUUGGUAAGCUCAGGAAGUCCCGAACAAUCGUAUGCAGUCCUUAGCCACCUUCAUUUACUUGUGAUGCGUGCGCCAUACAUUUUCUCUUCGGACUACAAGCACUUCUACUGCCAGUAUAAUGAACCGUUUUAUGUCAAAAAGUUAAAGCUUGAUAUGUUAACUGCUGUGGCAAAUGAGAGCAAUACGUAUGAGAUAGUGACCGAACUUUGUGAAUAUGUUGCCAAUGUUGAUAUUCCAAUGGCAAGGGAAUCAAUUCGAGCUGUGGGUAAAAUUGCUUUGCAACAAUAUGAUGUGAAUGCCAUAGUUGACCGACUGCUCCAGUUCUUGGAAAUGGAAAAGGAGCAUGUGACUGCUGAAACUCUUGUUCUUGUUAAAGACCUGCUUAGAAAAUAUCCGCAGUGGAGCCACGACUGCAUAGCAGUUGUUGGGAAUAUCAGUAGUAAAAAUGUUCAGGAACCAAAAGCCAAAGCUGCUCUCAUUUGGAUGCUCGGAGAAUAUGCUCAAGAUAUGCAAGAUAGUCCUUAUAUUCUGGAGGGCCUUGUUGAGAACUGGGACGAGGAGAACUCUGCCGAGGUUCGUCUACAUCUUCUUACAGCAGUAAUGAAGUGCUUCUUGAGAAGAGCACCAGAGACUCAAAAGGCACUAGGGGAUGCUCUAGCAGCUGGUGUUGCUGAUUUUCAUCAGGAUGUUCACGAUCGAGCGCUAUUGUACUAUAGGCUUCUAAAGUAUGAUGUUUCUGUUGCUGAGCGCAUAGUAAACCCUCCAAAACAAGCUGUUUCAGUCUUUGCAGAUACACAAAGUAGUGAAAUGAAAGAUCGCAUCUUCGAUGAAUUCAACAGUCUAUCUGUUGUGUACCAAAAGCCAUCCUACAUGUUCACUGACAAGGAACACAGAGGCCCAUUUGGUUUCUCAGAGGAACUCGGUACUCUAUCUAUUGGCACCGAGCCCUCAGAUGGUGCAGUUGCUGCUCAGAGAGUCGAGGCAAAUGACAAGGACUUGUUAUUGGGUACUUCUGAGAAGGAAGAGAGUCAUGGUUAUGGAAACAAUGGUUCUGUAUAUAGUGCCCCUUCCUACGAUGCCUCGACGACAGCUGGUGCUUCUCAGGGCCACUUUGACCUUGUAUCGAUAGACCAACCAUCUACACUACAUCCACCUUCUGGCUUUGCCAUUGACGAUCUACUCGGUCUUGGAAUGCCAGCCACACCCAGUUCUGCUCCUCCUGCGUUGCUGCUUAACGCCAAAGCUGCCAUAGACCCGAAUGCAUUUCAGCAGAAAUGGCGCCAACUACCAGUAUCUUUAUCACAGGAAACCUCUAUAGAUCCACAAGGAGUGGCGGGAAUGACGAAUCCUCAAGCCCUCCCUCAGCAUAUGCAAGGCCACUCCAUCAACUGCAUAGCAUCAGGCGGCCAAGCCCCGAAUUUCAAGUUCUUUUUCUUCGCACAGAAGGCAGAGGGUUCGUCUGCUUAUCUCGUGGAGUGUGUCAUCAACUCAUCGUCGUGUAAAGUGCAACUAAAGAUCAAAACCGAUGACCAGGUGACAUCACAGGCGUUCUCCGAGCUGUUCCAGUCUGCACUGUCUAAAUUCGGUUCUGCUUAGACUUUACAUUGACGGUUUUAGUUUCAAUUUUGUCUGGAAAUCGAUGAACAGUGGAUAAAGUCUUGUAAAAUUUGAUUUGUGUAAUUGAAUUGAAAUUAAAUUGAAGGCAACACAUUAUUCAUAUUUA